GCGGUGGCGGCCCGGCGCGAAGAUGGCGGACGUGCUGAGCGUGUUGCGGCAGUACAACACGCAGAAGAAGGAGAUCGUGGUGAAGGGGGACGAGGUGAUCUUCGGCGAGUUCUCCUGGCCCAAGAACGUCAAGACCAACUAUGUCAUCUGGGGGACAGGGAAAGAAGGCCAGCCCAGGGAAUACUACACUUUGGACUCUAUCUUGUUCCUGCUGAAUAAUGUGCACCUUUCACAUCCUGUUUACGUCCGGCGUGCUGCAACUGAAAACAUUCCUGUGGUAAGAAGACCUGACAGAAAAGAUCUACUUGCGUACCUAAAUGGGGAAACAUCAACGUCAUCAAGUAUAGACAGAAGUGCACCACUUGAAAUUGGUCUUCAGCGAUCCACUCAAGUUAAAAGAGCAGCAGAUGAAAUAUUAGCAGAAGCAAAGAAACCAAGAAUAGAGGAUGAAGAGUGUGUGCGUCUUGACAAGGAGCGGCUGGCAGCUCGGUUGGAGGGGCAUAAAGAAGGUAUUGUGCAGACAGAGCAGAUCAGAUCCUUGUCUGAAGCCAUGUCUGUGGAAAAAAUUGCUGCUAUCAAAGCAAAAAUCAUGGCGAAGAAAAGAUCUACAAUCAAGACAGAUCUGGAUGAUGACAUAACUGCUCUUAAACAAAGAAGUUUUGUUGAUGCGGAGGUAGAUGUAACCAGAGACAUUGUCAGCAGGGAGAGAGUAUGGAGGACAAGAACUACAAUUUUACAAAGCACAGGCAAGAACUUUGCCAAGAAUAUUUUUGCAAUUCUUCAGUCAGUAAAAGCCAGAGAAGAAGGUCGUGCACCUGAACAGAGACCUGCACCGAACACAGCACCAGCGGAUCCCACUUUACGGACUAAGCAGUCCAUUCCAGCUGCCUACAACAGAUACGAUCAGGAAAGAUUUAAAGGAAAGGAAGAGACGGAAGGCUUCAAAAUUGACACUAUGGGAACCUACCAUGGAAUGACUUUGAAGUCUGUAACGGAAGGUGCUUCUGCCCGGAAAACUCAAACCCCAGCAGCACAGCCUGUGCCAAGACCAGUUUCCCAAGCAAGACCACCUCCAAACCAGAAAAAAGGAUCUCGAACCCCCAUAAUCAUUAUUCCAGCAGCUACAACUUCUUUAAUAACUAUGCUUAAUGCAAAAGACCUUCUGCAGGAUUUAAAGUUUGUACCAUCAGAUGAAAAGAAAAAACAAGGCUGUCAACGAGAAAAUGAAACUUUAAUACAGAGAAGGAAGGACCAGAUGCAACCUGGGGGCACAACAGUCAGCGUUACUGUACCUUAUCGAGUGGUAGACCAGCCUCUGAAACUUAUGCCGCAAGAUUGGGAUCGUGUAGUCGCAGUGUUUGUGCAGGGUCCUGCUUGGCAGUUUAAAGGCUGGCCAUGGCUAUUGCCCGAUGGAUCGCCUGUUGAUAUUUUUGCAAAAAUUAAAGCUUUCCAUCUCAAGUAUGAUGAAGUACGUCUAGAUCCAAAUGUACAGAAAUGGGAUGUGACAGUAUUAGAAUUAAGCUAUCACAAACGGCACUUGGACAGACCAGUAUUCCUACGUUUCUGGGAAACUUUGGACAGGUACAUGGUAAAGCACAAAUCCCAUUUGAGAUUCUGAAUCCUCUGGCUGCCAUUCAUUUCGUGGAGUGUGAUUGAGAAAUAUGAAAGAUGCUCCAGUCUGGAGACUAAGGCUCUCACUGUAUGCAUUUGUCACGAACUUUACAAAUGAAGAAAGGGUCACAGUUUAAUCUUUUAUAAGAUCUUGUUUGGAUGCUUCGUGCUAUGGCAGGUUGAUACCUGCUGUUAUUACAAGCAAAAGUGUUUUGCUUAAAACUAUUUUUUUAAUAAUGUUAGCCUUCUAGCCUGCAAAUCAAAUUGUAUAUUUUGAUAGCAGCAGUUUCUUCCCCAUUUUGUUAAGUUAGCAAAAUUUUUAAACAGUAUGUUUUUGUUCCUCAUUAGAAAAUAGGUCCAUCUUCACUGAAGGUUACAGUGUGGUGUGUGUGUAUAUAUAUAUAUAUAUAGAUGUUAUGAGGCUUUCAAAAUGACUUUGCUUCUGAGUUUAGCUCUGGUUUCCUUUGCUUUAUUGUUUCACUUACUGAAAAUAUUUUGUUGUGAAUGGUAUUAUGUUUUAGUCUAUAGGACUUGCAAAACUAAGCAAAGUGACAAUUGUUUUGGAUAAAUCAAAAUGUCAACCUGUAUAUGUACUGUAUAUUCUGUUUUGUUGAAAAAGGGAUGAUGAAAAAUCAAGAACCACUUCUUUGGGCUUAUAAUA